UGAACAUCUAAUCCAAAGCCAGAGAGAGCUUUCGCAGACUCAGAGGUCGGCAACCUGCAGGACUUCUGUGAAGCGUGCUUUUAAUACCUACACUUUACGGUUAUUACUUUAAAAAGAGUGAAAAGUAUAUAAAUGGCUUCCCAUAAAUUAGUGCUAAUUCGGCACGGGGAGAGCUGCUGGAACCAGGAGAACCGCUUCUGCGGCUGGUUCGAUGCUGACCUGAGUGAGACUGGGAUUCAGGAGGCAAAAAGAGGCGCACAGGCCUUAAAAGAUGCUGGCUUUGAGUUUGACAUUUGCUACACCUCUGUUCUGAAGAGGGCCAUCCGUACCUUAUGGCUUGUUUUGGAUGGCAUUGACCAGAUGUGGCUUCCUGUACACAGGACUUGGCGUCUUAAUGAGCGCCACUAUGGUGGUCUGACUGGCUUAAAUAAAGCUGAGACUGCUGCCAAGCAUGGAGAGGCGCAGGUGAAGAUAUGGAGGCGCUCGUAUGAUAUCCCACCCCCUCCUAUGGAGGCAGAUCAUGACUUCUACAGUAUUAUUAGCAAGGACCGGCGUUAUGCUGACCUGACUGAGGACCAGCUACCUUCUUGUGAGAGCCUGAAGGACACUAUUGCUCGUGCACUUCCAUUCUGGAAUGAAGAGAUUGUCCCUCAAAUCCAACAGGGAAAGAGGGUGCUGAUUGCUGCCCAUGGCAACAGCCUGAGGGGUAUAGUCAAGCACCUGGAAGGUAUGUCAGAAGAAGCCAUUAUGGAGCUGAACCUCCCUACAGGCAUCCCCAUACUUUAUGAGCUAGAUGAGAACCUGAAGCCCAUCAAGCCAAUGCAGUUCCUGGGAGAUGAGGAGACUGUGCGAAAGGCCAUGGAGGCUGUGGCAGCACAGGGCAAAGCCAAAAAGUAGUUUACUUCCAUAGACCAGUUGUUUAAAAGCACUGAAAUAUUCAAAGAAAUGGCUUCUAAACUCAUUUAACACCAUGAUUCAGUGCAUGUUUGGAAGCUUCCAUAUUAAUGUUGUCACAUCGGUAGUUAAAUAUAUCUAACUGAUUUACUUAUGAAAAGUAUUUAUUGACCAAAUACCAUUGUGGACCACCACAUUACUUAACAUGAUGGGUUCUUCUAAAUUAGUCUGAUAUCUUCAGAUGCUGAGCACUUUUGUUCACAAAGGUUUGUCUUGUUUCAGAUUGUAAAGACAAAAAUGCAGCCAUUUCCGAGUAUAGUGAAUUGUUAUGCAGUACCACAUGGAGUAGACCAAUAAAAGUGUAAUACACAUGUGAAUCAAA